UGGGUUACGUACGUAAGGUCAAACUUUGUUUCCAAAACCAAUCCAACUUUUGUUUGCUGCUUCCUCACAAGUCUGACCAAUUUGCUUGCUUUGCUUCAUCUUUCUCUGAGUUCAAACUUUGAUUUUUCUAAACUGAUCAUUAGGAAUCAUGGCUGAAGCUGUUCUCACUGUUGUUCUUGAGAAUCUGAGCUCACUCAUCCAAAAGCAAGUUGGAUCUGUUUUGGGUGUGGCGAAAGAGAUGGAGAAGAUGUGUAGCAUGCUCUCAACCAUUUCUGCUGUCAUUGAAGAUGCUGAGGAGAGACAAUCAACUAAUCGUGCUAUCAAGAAUUGGCUGCAAAAGUUGGAAGAUGUUUCUGCUGAGUUGGAGGAUGUUCUAGAUGAUUGUGAAGCUGAGGCCUUUCGAUUGGAGGAGGGUCUUGCACAAGACCAUUCAUGGAACCGAAAGGUACAAUCUUCUUUAUCUUGUUUGAGUCCUAAACAUCUUUACUUUCGUCACAAUAUUGCUAAAAAGAUGAAAGAGAUUGGUGAUAGAUUAGAUCAGAUCGGGAAAGAACGAGUUAAUUUUCACUUGCGAGAGGUAGAUGUUGUGGAGAGAAGAAAUCGGGUUGGUGAAAGUCGUCAGACUGGUUCUGUUAUUACUCAGCCACAUGUGUAUGGGAGAGAAGAGGACAAGGAGCGAGUUGUUGGGUUUCUUGUUAAUGACGCCAUCAACUGCAAUGAUACUUCUGUUUACUGUAUUGUUGGUUUAGGGGGCAUGGGAAAGACAACUCUUGCUCAAUUGGUCUUUAGUGAUGAGAGGAUCAAUGAGCAUUUUGAGCUGAAGAUGUGGGUUUGUGUUUCUGAAGACUUUGAUGUGCGUAGAUUGAUCAAAGCCAUUAUAGAAUCUGGAACUGGACAUGUUUGUGAGGCAAUGGAGAUGGAUCCUUUGCAGAAACGACUUCCAGACAUGCUUCAAGGAAAGAGGUUCUUGAUUGUUUUGGAUGAUGUGUGGAAUCAAAAACAUGAAGAAUGGGAAAAGUUGAAAUAUGUAUUGGAAUGUGGAUCAAAAGGAGCUUCGGUCGUUGUCACUACUCGUUUGAAAAAGGUUGCAACCAUUAUGGGAACAACACCGAUGCUGGAGCUGAGUAGUUUAUCAGAUGAUGAUUGUUGGUUAUUAUUCAAGCUACGUGCAUUCGGUAACCACAGAGAAGAGCGACCUAACCUUGUCGAAAUUGGAAAAAAAAUAGUGAAGAAGUGCAAAGGAGUUCCAUUAGCAGCAAAAGCUUUAGGAGGCUUAAUGUGCUUCAAAAGUAACGAGGAGGAAGAGUGGCUUUCUGUCAUGCGUUGUGAGCUUUGGAAUUUACCGGAGGAAGAAGCUUCCAUCUUGCCUGCUUUGAAGUUAAGCUACCUUCAUCUAUCAGUAGAGCAGAGACGAUGCUUCUCUUAUUGUGCUAUAUUUCCAAAGGAUUAUGAAAUAAAAAAGACACGAUUAAUUCAUCUUUGGAUGGCAAAUGGGCUGAUUUCUUCAAAGCCAGAACUUGAGGUAGAAGACGUUGGAAAUGAGAUGAUUAAUGAUUUAUGUUGGAGAUCAUUUUUCCAAGACAUCACGAAAGAUCGUGAUGAUGGAAGUAUCAUCUAUUUCAAAAUGCAUGAUUUAUUUCAUGAUCUAGCUCAAUCCAUAAUGGGUGAUAAAUGUCAUAAUGUGGUGGUUAAUGGUGAUACCAUCCAUUUGUCAGAAAGAGUUCGUCACUUGAUGUGUCAAUUUAAUGGAGAGGGACCAUUUUCUAACAUAUCAAGCACUAAAUCCUUAAGGACUUUCAUGGCAUUACAAAAUCAUACAACAUAUUGUGAUAAUAAUGCUUGGAAUUUUCGCUCAUUGCGAGCAUUUGAUAUCCCAUAUGGUUGUCUUAAUGCUGUAUCUGUGUCUUCAUUGGUCAGUAAUUUGAAACAUGUACGCUAUUUGAAUCUCUCAUGGAGUAGUAUUGAAGUCCUCCCCGAUUCCAUUUAUUUGCUACACCAUUUGUUGACUUUAGACCUAAGCCAUUGCUAUGAACUUCGUAAGCUACCCAAACACAUGAUUCGCUUGAAAGGUCUCCGCCAUCUUUACAUUGAAGGCUGUAGCAGAUUAUCACACCUACCUCCAAACAUUGGGAAGCUAAGUUGCUUAAAGACUUUGACAGAUUUCAUUGUGGCUAAGAGAAAAGGUUGUCAAUUGGAUGAAUUGAAAGACCUGAACAUAGGAGGCAAUCUACUCAUCAGAAACUUAGAAAAUGUGAAGAGUCCAAUUGAAGCAAGAUUUGCUAAUCUGUCAGCCAAAAGAAACCUCAAAGGACUGCAUUUGUCUUGGAAUAACAAUGAAGAUGAAUCUGAAGGGAAUACGGAAGGCGUACUUGAAGCUCUUGCUCCUCCCACGAGUCUGAAACGGUUGGAGAUUGUCAAUUACAAUGGUUCCCAUUUCCCGUCUUGGUUCCGUGAUGACAUCCUUGGAAGUGUUAUUCGAAUCACUCUGUAUAAUUGCCGUAACUGUAGAGAACUUCCGCCUUUUGGGAAACUAACAUCUCUUAGACAUCUUCAGGUAUCUGGAAUGAAGUUAGUGCAGUACAUUGACAAUGAGUUAUGUCAUGGAGACUUAAGAAGAAGAAGCUUUGAACGUUUAGAAAGUCUUCACAUUACAAAUUUACCGAAUUUGGAAAGAUUUUCAAGGCAUGAAGUUGGUAAUGAAAUGUUCCCAUGUUUGUCUUCCUUGAAUGUGGAAAAAUGCCCAAAAUUGACCUUACCUAAAGCAGGAUCGGUUAAAUCCUUAGGGGUGGUUGAAGUGAGACAAGAAUUUCUCAACUCCAUCUCUAAUAAUCUCCACGGUCUUACUGAUCUUCGAAUUGCUGAUAACAAUGACAUGACCUUCCUUCCCCAAAAUCUGCUAAAUAACAUCACUAGUCUACAAAACCUUACAAUCUAUGGUUUCAAAAAGAUUCAAGAGAUGCCGACUGAUUUCCUCAUUGGCCUUAAUGCACUAGCGUCUUUAGAAAUCAUUUUUUGGCCUGAACUGGAGUUCUUAGCCGAAGGUAUUUUUCAAAAUUGUUCCUUGAGUUCAAUCAGCAUUAGUGGUUGUAAGAAAUUAAGAUCUCUAUCUGAAAGUUUUCUGAAUCUUACUAUGCUCAAAGAUCUAACACUUAAGGAUUGUCCAAUGUUGAAUGGCUUUCCAAGUGGUCUUAAUCAACUCAUAUCUCUCCAACGUCUGAAUAUGUCCGGGAAAACCAUAACCUCCUCUGAUUGGUUUGGUUAUAGUAGUUCAUUACGUGAUUCUUCUGGGUUGGUUGUUCUGCCUGAGGCCUUGCAACACCUCUCCUCACUUGAAUAUUUGGGCAUAUCUUAUUUCUCGGAACUUGCAUCAUUGCCUGAUUGGCUUGGAAAUCUUACAACUCUUAAAGAGUUAAGGAUCGAAGGUUGUCCGGAUUUGGAAUGUAUUCCUAUGAGCAUGCAAAGGCUGACCAACCUAAAGACAUUGUCUAUUGGAUGGUGCCCAAAACUGGAGCAGAAAUGCGAGAAGGAAGUAGGGGAGGAUUGGCACAAGGUAUCUCAUAUUCCACAUGUGGAUAUUAGGAAAUGAGGGAGAAGGAAGAUGAAGAUCUAGAAAAUGAAAGAAUGUUUCAAUUUGUCUACUUCCGUUGCAACUAAUUAAGAAAAUCAAUGAGAUAAGGAGUAGAAUCUUCAUGUUCUCUGCCUUUGUAAAAGAGAAUGAAAACAAAUGGAAAUCUUGAAUCACCUUCUAAGAGCAACACAGAUGAAUUUUGUAUGGCGAGCUAGUUGGGUUUGAUCAUUGUCCCUUGUGCAAUUUGGCAGCUGAAACUAUUCUGCAUUGUUGGGGAAGGUCUGGGCUUGGUGUUUUUGACAGCGAAUGUGAGUGACUUUGGGUGGUGUUCGUGGUGUUUUUGACAUCACCGAUCGUAUUUUUGCAUCUUACUUUGAAAUUUGUGUAUUGUGCUAAUAAGUAUUUGAGUGGCCUUCCUUGUCUUGUGCUACUCUUAUUGUAAGCUUUGGCUGUACUUGAAGGGCUGCACUGUGUUGUGUUAUGCCUUUUGGCUCUGUUUGUUAAUUAACAGCCUUAGUUAAGGCCAAGGCUGGUUCUUGUUUUUCUCAUUCUUUAUAGUUGGUGUUUGGUUGGAACAGAAAUCUCUUUCAAAAAAAGGAAACCAAUUAAUAUUGUAUUUAUAUUGGAAAGACUACUCUUA